CGCGGCGCGUGCGCGGCGGGCGCAUCGCGGGUCGGCGCGCGGGGGCACGGCGGGAGCGGCCGGCAAUGGUGCUGGAGACUCUGGCCCGCAUCGUCAAGGUCCAGCUGCCCGCGUACCUCAAGCGCCUGCCGCUGCCCGAGAGCGUCGGCGGCUUCAUCCGCCUCACAGUUUCAGAAUGGCUGCGGUUGCUGCCUUUCCUGGGCGUGCUGGCCUUGCUCGGUUACCUUGCUGUUCGUCCCUUCCUCCCCAAGAAGAAACAGCAGAAGGAUAGCUUGAUUAACCUCAAGAUCCAGAAGGAAAAUCCCAAAGUAGUGAAUGAGAUCAACAUUGAAGAUCUGUGCCUCACUAAAGCUUACUGCAGGUGUUGGCGUUCAAAGACGUUCCCUGUCUGUGAUGGCUCCCACAACAAGCACAAUGAGUUAACGGGAGAUAAUGUAGGUCCACUAAUACUCAAGAAGAAAGAAGUAUAGCAGAUGUUUAAUCUAGGUCUUGACUGAUAAAAAGUAUUUUAUACUGUUGUAGUUGCAAGGGACGGCGUUUUGUUAUGUGAUUGGUAUGAUUUAGUUUCAUGAUUGCUGUAGAUUUCUUUUUGGAAUAAACUACAUUUAGACAGUGAUGAAUUUGUCACUGCUUUGGUACCUUAUUCUGAGAAGAAUUUUGCCUGCUUUGUAAAACUGUAAAGUACCUAUUUCUGUAAAUAAGUCGUUUAUUUCAAUAAUAAAUUGACUUUCUACAACUAAGCCUUUUUUGUAUGAACAUACAAUUAUAAAACUGUCACUAUUUCAA